UCUCUCUCUCCAUCUGGCUUUUAAAGGCCAACAGAACGGCAGCAGAAGAAGAAGAAGAAGAACGAAACCAAAUAUUUAUUAAUUUUCAUUUUCAUAUAACGCUCUGUUACCAAUAUUCCCUCUCCUCCUGCCGUCUUUCUUCCAUCAUCAUCAUCAUCUCUAUAUAUAUCUUCUUCUUUCUUCCAUAAUCCCAUAAUCCAUAACCUCGAUUCUUCCUCCAUCUUCCUCGCUUAUCACGUCCCUGCUCUCUUACUCUGUUUCUGCUUCUAUCUAUCCCAAGCAAAUUAAUUCUUAAAGCUAACUUCUUCUUCUUCUUCUUCUUCUUCUUUUUUUUUAUAAAAAAAAAUAUUUAUAACUUUGCCGAGAAAUUUUCCUUUUUCUUGUUCUUCAUUUACACCCUUUCACUCUUACAAGUAAGCUUGUGCAUCAUUUAAUCCAUGUUUGUGUUAUGUUACAUCAAAGGGUAUUCUUUAAUUUUAUUGGGCUGAUUGAUGAUGAUCGAUUCUGUUAUGUGCAUUAAUGUCUGGAUUACUAUUUAUGGUUGAGAAGACGGAAUUUCUGGAGCUGACGUUGUUGUUGUUGUUGUUGUUGUUUCGGUGAUUACGGGCCCGUCCAAAAUUUGUUUUUUUUUUUUUCCUUCUUCUCAUAAGAAAUGUCUUAUAAUCGUCAUCCUUCAUCGGAAAUGCUUCAAGAGCCCAGCAUCGAUACAGAUAAGCUCAGCUACGAAAUAUUCUCGAUUCUGGAGAGCAAAUUCUUAUUUGGUUAUGAUGAUAAAAAGCUAUGGAUACCCAAACAGAUUCCAACCCCGCCCCUGCUUGAAGAGGUCGUUUCUACCUCCCCUAAAGCUGCCGCGGAGGUGGAUGGUCUUCAGGCGAUUAAGAAUCAGAGAGGCAAAAUAUGCGUCCUGAGCAUCGACGGCGGCGGAAUGCGCAGCAUCAUCCCCGGGAAAGCCUUGGCCUAUUUGGAGAACGCCUUGAAAGUAAAAUCCGGCAAUCCCGAUGCUCGGAUUGCUGAUUAUUUCGACGUAGCCACCGGCUCCGGCGUCGGAGGUAUCUUCACCACCAUGCUCUUCGCCACCAAGGACCACAACCGCCCCAUUUUCCACGCCGACGAAACGUGGAAGCUUCUAGCAGAGCAAGGCAAGAAUUUCUACCGCUCCUCCAAUUCAACCGGCGGCGGUUUUCUGAGGCGUGUUUUCCGGGGCGGAGGCGCGGCCAACCCCGCCGCUGCUUCAUCCUCGGCGUUGGAGAAAUCGAUGAAGCAGGCUUUCGUGGACAACAAAACGGGUCGCAGCCUGACUUUAAAGGACACGUUAAAACCCGUACUGAUCCCCUGCUACGAUUUGUCCAGUACGGCGCCGUUCCUGUUCUCCCGCGCCGACGCCCUGGAAACCGACAGCUUCGAUUUCCGCCUCUGGGAGGUCUGCCGGGCCACGUCGGCCGAGCCGACGGCGUUCGAGCCGGUGUUCAUGAAAUCCGUCGACGGCCAGACUCGCUGCGUCGGCGUCGACGGCGGCCUGGCCAUGAGCAACCCCACGUCGGCGGCAAUCACGCACGUGCUCCAUAACAAGCAGGAGUUCCCCUUCGUGCGGGGCGUCGAGGACAUUUUGGUACUUUCAUUAGGCACCGGCCAGCUCCUGGAAGGAAGCUUUUCAGAGGAGCAAGUGAAGAGCUGGAAGCCCAAGGACUGGGCUCGACCUCUGGCUCGUAUCGCCGGAGAUGGCUCCGCCGACUUAGUCGAUCACGCCGUUUCCAUGGCUUUUGGUCAGAGCCGGAGCUGUAAUUACGUCCGAGUCCAGGCAACUGGGUCCAGCUUUGGAGGUUGCGGGGCAGAUAUCGACUCCAACCCGAGCCCCGACAACGUAAAGUUGCUGGUAAAAGUAGCGGAUGAAAUGCUGAAACAAAAGAAUGUAGAAUCAGUGCUGUUCAAUGGGAAGAGGAUCGGAGAACAGAGCAAUCUGGAGAAACUGGACUGGUUCGCCGGUGAGCUUGUGCAAGAGCAUCAGAGGAGGAGUUGCAGAAUAGCUCCCACUGUUGCUUUCAAGCAAGCCACUCAGCAACAAAACAACACCCCUAAAUAGUAGAAGAGAUUUUAAACACUUAAAAACUAAAAAAAUGUGUGUAAAAAUGUGUGAAGUAGUGGAAGGAAUAUAGUACCAGUAACCCACAAAAAAAAAAAAAAGGAAGCAACUUUCACUUUGUUGAAGAGAAGACAGAAAGGGCAAAAGGGGAGGUGGUGGUCAAGGAUUUUGAUUAAACAAAAAGGAAGGGGGGCCUAAAGGAGGGUGGGGAAACAGUCAAGUAUCAACAACUGGAUGAAAAAAAGUGGUGGAUCAUCUCAUAAUCUUGGUGGGAACUCUCUGGUUUGGCCAAGGAAGACAGGCGUUAUGUGGGAUUAUAGCAAACUCCCAAAUGGCAAAAAUCCCCAUAUUUUUUUCAAUUGGGUCAAUUCAAAAUUGGAGAUUUCCCAUAUCUAUGUUGUUCCUCCUCCUCCUCCUCAUUGUGCUUUUGACUUUUUUUUUUGGGGAUUUUUUUUAUAAUUUCAGAUGUGGUGGGUUUUGGGACCUGGAAAUUUUUAUAGUUUCCCUCCCUUGCAUUUCCUUUUGUUUUUUGGAUGCCCUUUUCUUUAUGGCUUCUUUUUUUUUUUUUUGGAGGGCUUCAAAUUUAUAGUAUUACUUUUGAAAUGCUGGUGGUGGUAGACACAUUUGGCCAGGAAGCCUGGAGGCUUUGCACACAAAGAAAACAUUUCCUUUUUUUUUUUUUUUUUUGCCUUUGCUGCCGUGAUCGGUGUAAAUUUGUAAUAUGGUAGAGAUGUGGGAUUCAAAAUGCACUACUUUUCAUCACAACCAACUAAUAUCGUGUUUAAAAAUAAAAAAAAAAAACCCAACUAAUAUCGUAUAAUCUCUUUUUUCGUUUCAACAUUAACAAUUAUAACGAUCACAACUCUGGUUUUACAACUGAAAAAAUAAUUUUAUAAGUCCUCUAUAUAAAUAUCGGAUUCAAGAAGAAUAUUUUUUGCAUGACUGUUUACCUAUUUAUAUUAUUAGGCUGCUAUGGUUAACGUGCGAUGAUUCUGUACUUGGGUGUAACCCUAGCUUAAAAUAUUGGAAUAUUCUUCUUUAAGAACUUUACUAGCUUCAAGGUUCGGCAAACCUAACAAAUCAUGUGUUUUUCUUCUUCUUCUUAUUAUUGACUUUUAGGGAGUACACAAACCAACAAAUUCUGUUAUUAGUUAAAGAUCAAAAAUCC